CCCCAAACCCUCAAAUUUCUCAGUUCUACGAUUCUAUUUGCCGAUCGAAUUCUACCUAAUAUAUUUCACGGAAUUAUCUGGAUCUUCCGUUUCUCCGAUCACAAGAUGGUUUCUGAUGCAAGCAAGAAGAAGGCGGCUCAGAAGAAGGCCGCAGCUGCCGCUAAGAGAGGAGGCAAGGCCGCUGCUGUUGCCGCGUCGAAGAAGGCGGCGGAAAUUGGUAAGGUGAAAGGGAGUUCGAGUUCCGAUAACUUGGCGAAUGGGAUGGGGUCUCUUGUGAUCUCUGAUCGGACAUGUACUGGCGUUCUUUGUUCUCAUCCUUUAUCUCGGGAUAUUCGGAUAGAGUCUCUAUCACUUACUUUUCAUGGGCACGAUCUAAUUGUUGAUUCAGAGCUGGAGCUCAACUAUGGAAGGCGAUAUGGUUUGCUUGGGUUGAAUGGGUGUGGUAAAUCUACUCUUCUUACUUCAAUUGGACAACGAGAGCUUCCUAUUCCAGAACACAUGGAUAUAUUCCAUCUUACCAGAGAGAUCGAAGCUUCUGAUAUGUCGUCACUUGAGGCUGUGAUGAAUUGUGAUGAAGAGAGGCUGAAGUUGGAGGAAGAGGCUGAACGCUUAAUUGGUCAGGAUGAUGGUGGUGGAGAAGCUCUCGAACGAGUUUAUGAACGCUUGGAUGCUAUGGAUGCAUCCACUGCUGAGAAGCGUGCUGCUGAGAUUCUGAAUGGUCUUGGUUUUAACAAGAAGAUGCAAGAGAAGAAAACCCGAGACUUCUCUGGUGGUUGGAGAAUGCGGAUUGCAUUGGCUCGUGCUUUGUUCAUGAACCCCACCAUCUUGUUACUUGAUGAGCCCACAAAUCAUCUUGAUCUGGAAGCAUGUGUGUGGCUGGAGGAAACCCUGAAGAAGUUUGAACGCAUACUUGUUGUGAUCUCGCACUCUCAAGACUUUCUGAAUGGCGUCUGCACCAACAUAAUCCAUAUGCAAAAUAAGAAAUUGAAGAUGUACACUGGUAAUUUUGACCAAUAUGUUCAGACCCGAUCCGAACUAGAAGAGAACCAGAUGAAACAAUAUAAAUGGGAGCAGGACCAGAUUGCUUCUAUGAAAGAGUACAUUGCUCGGUUUGGCCAUGGGUCCGCUAAGCUCGCCCGCCAGGCUCAGAGCAAGGAGAAGACCCUAGCCAAAAUGGAGCGUGGCGGGCUCACAGAGGUGGUCACGAGAGACAAGGUUCUGGUCUUCCAAUUUACUGAUGUGGGCAAGCUCCCGCCACCCGUCCUACAGUUUGUGGAAGUUUCUUUUGGUUACACACCCGAUAACCUCAUCUACAAGAAUCUUGACUUUGGGGUUGACCUUGACUCACGGGUAGCGUUGGUGGGACCCAAUGGAGCUGGGAAGAGCACGCUGCUGAAGCUGAUGAGCGGAGAACUAGUUCCGCUUGACGGCAUGGUAAGGCGGCACAACCACUUGAGGAUCGCUCAAUUCCACCAGCACUUAGCGGAAAAACUUGACCUGGAAAUGUCGGCUUUGGCUUAUAUGAUGAGCGAGUACCCGGGAAACGAAGAGGAGAAGAUGAGGGCAGCCAUCGGCAGGUUUGGGCUGACGGGGAAAGCACAGGUGAUGCCAAUGAAGAAUCUUUCAGACGGACAAAGAAGCCGUGUGAUAUUUUCGUGGUUAGCGUAUAGGCAACCACACAUGCUGCUUUUGGACGAGCCAACUAACCAUUUGGAUAUCGAGACAAUCGACUCGCUGGCUGAUGCACUGAAUGAGUGGGAUGGCGGAAUGGUGCUGGUUAGCCACGACUUCCGGCUCAUAAACCAGGUUGCGCACGAGAUAUGGGUGUGCGAGAAUCAAGCCGUGACUCGAUGGCAAGGUGAUAUAAUGGGUUUCAAGGAGCACUUGAGGAGGAAGGCUGAUCCAAGUGGUUAGACUAGUAGAUCAUAUUUAUAUAUGAUACCAUAUAAGAUGAAUUGGCUUAUAUAUAUAUAUAU